AUGCCCGAAUGGCGCUCAACAAGCAGAUCCGAGGUCUCUGCCUCGUUGGCAGCCUCGUCAUUCUCCUCCUCUUCCAAAAUGGGGGUCUCCACCAAUAAAGGUCCUGCUCUAUUAAAUGUAGACAUUCUCAUGUCGGACGAGCUCAGCGGGUUGGUGAACCGUUUGCUUUCGUCCUCGACGGGCGUCUUGUCACCCUCCACAAAGGCAAAGUUUGAAACCACCGGAGUUCUCUCCGAGUCCGACCCUGGAGGAACGUACUCCUCCUUGUCCGGGUCGAUGAAAUAG